UGUCGUCAGUUGGUAGCAGUGUGUGAUGAGGUUUUGACCGUUAGUCCAUUUACUCUUCUUACCCAUACUGCACAGCUGGAGAGUGUUGAACUGGUCCCUGCCUCACCAGGAGAUCACGUGGGAAUUGAGAUCACCACCACAGGAUCCAGAAAUCAUUUUGUCACUGGAACAGCAGCUGAGUCUUCUACAGAGAUCUGUGAGAAGAUUUUAGCGGGAGAUGAGGUCAUUCAGGUCAACGGACAGAUAGUAGUUGGCUGGAGCAGGACAAACCUUGUUAAAAAACUGGAGGAGAAUCCAAAUGGAGUAACUCUGGUUUUGAGGAGGCUUCCAGGUUUCCUGAAACGCAAAGAGAGCCGAGCAAAGUCUGAGAGAGAGGAGGAAGAGGAAGAAGAGGAAGAGAAAAACAGACAUUCUCUUUUUGGGAGGGUGGCAGCUUCAGUCCGUUCUCUGUCCUUCAGAUCAGCAUCAGACGGCACACAUUUCAAACGGGAAAAAUCGGCGCACUCUAGUGAUCAAAGCUCUGAUGAACAUCAGUCAAUCACCUUAAAACGCCACCAGCCAGGGGCAGACUCUCAGCGUGCGAGUCGAAACAGUUUGGAAGUCAGUUCAUCUGCAAGAAGAAGUCCGUCCCCACAAGACCAGGAGCUCAAACGAGCCAGCACCAGCUCCUGUCCUGACAUGGCAGGACUAAGAGAAGAAAAGGAGAACAAGAAGGUCUCUACUAAAGGAACACGGACAGCGAUGAGCCGGAGGAGGGUGUCCUGUCGUGAACUUGGCCGGCCUGACUGUGACGGUUGGCUCUGGAAGAAGAGAAAAGAAGCAAAUGUCUUCAUGACUCAGAAAUGGCAGAGAUUUUGGUUCGUCCUGAAAGGUCCUACGCUGUAUUGGUAUACCAGCCAACAGGAGGAGAAGGCGGAGGGCUUAAUCAAGAUCGGCAGCUACAAUAUAGAGAGCGCAGGAGAACACAAGAGGAAGUAUGUAUUUAAAAUGCGCCACCAGCGCUUCCAGAAUUUUUUCUUCGCUGCUGAUAAUGUAAACGACAUGAGCAAAUGGAUUAAUUGCCUAAUUGCAGCCAUUCAGAAACACAAGAAAUAUGUCCAAAGUCAGCCAGACAGUGAAGAAGACUGUUACAGUGAAACCGAAUCUGAGGAGGAAUCAUCACGUUCACCACUUUCUCAUCGUAAGAAACUCAAUACGAAAACCCAAACUCAAUCAAACACUCUUCCUCGAACGAAGGGUAAGCAGAACAGGAUGUCAGAGCCAUUAACUAUUUCACAAGCAGGGGGCAGUAAAAUUGCAGGAAAAUUAGAUGAGAUGGAUGAAAUGUUCCAUAGCCUGAAGAAAGGAGGAGUGUCUCUGAUUGGUCAGAAUCAGCCAACAACUCACGACCAGCUUCGUAAAUCCUUCAUUAAACGGAACAAAAACCCUGUUAUCAAUGAGAAGAUACACACACUCCGUGCCCUCCAGAGCACACUCAAGGCGAAGGAGGCGGAGCUUCACCUGAUUAACAAGAUCCUAGAUGAUUCUGAGUUCUCAUCGCAGAAGUUCCGUCAGUGGAAGCAGUGCAAUGAAGAGCUGCUGCAGGACAUUGAGAAACAGCCCAAACAGGCAGAGUCGCCAAGCAUAGACACAGUGUCCAGGGCCAACGACGAGGCAAGCGGACUGGCCCUGAGUGAUGGAGAACAGUUGGUAGAUGCAGAGACACCUGAUGACGGAUGCUCCACUCCUACAGAUGCACAGGUGCUGAUGCAAACGCAGACCACAGUCACGGGCGAAACACCUACAGAGAGCUUCUUUUACAUAUGACACGUGUACAGAAUGUGCAAACACAGCCACUUUCCUCCUGUGCUGUAUUAAAACAAAUUGAGAAACAAAAGUGCAACACUGGGACAAAUGUGUGGAGCCGAAUUGCAGCCAGCUGGCACAGAGCGAUGGCCGUUUCACAAGAAGAAAGAUCUUAUCUGGAGCUUUUCAGCUACUUCAGUACUACUUUGUACUUCUACUGUACAUUCACUAUAAACUGUCACUGAAUGUAUGAUGAACUACAACAUGCUGGUAAAAGAACAAAUUUAACUUUUAGGCACUUGCUAAAGGAUGUUGAUUAUACUGAUGUAUGUAAUUUUAAAAAUAUAUUUUAGAUUAAUUAUAUUAUUAUUAUUAUGCAUUUUUGUUUUUACUCUAGGUGUGUGUGUAAGGUUUGCUUAAAUAUGUCAAAAAAUGUUUUAUGAAUGUUUUCGGUAUGUUCAGACACGAUAGAAAAGAAAGUAUUUCUUUUAUAAGAAUUUAUCCUUUUUAUUUUGUAGAUGAUUUCUGACAUUGCAGAUCCUGAAAACAAGUUUAUCAGGCUCAAAAAAUAUAUUUCCUGAGGAAAAAAAAUGAUUACCUCAACCUCGCAAUGCGUUUGUAUUAAAUGCCCAGCGUUGGUCAUUUUCCCAGAAUUGCCACACAGUGGCGCCCUCUGUUUUGUUCACGAGGUGUAGCAUAUGCCACCUGUUCAGUCUUUCAGUGUUUUCAUUCCAACACUGUAUAUGCAUGUGUAUAAUGGCUGCAUGUUUAUAUAUGUUGUUUUAUCUGAAGCUUCUCUCUUAGUCUUUUUAUUUUAUUCUAAAAUAUCACUGGCCAAAUAGCUUUAUUUUUUUUUAUUUUUUUUAGUUGAUCAAAGGAGAGAGUGUUAAAUGACUUGUGUGUCCAUGCUCUUGUAGACAAAUUGGAAUCUCAAAAUGUUAUAAUAAUUUAUUUCAUGUUGCUGAUUAAAUUUUUUGUUCAUACAAUGUAUAGA